AUGAACAAGGCUUUAUUCACUUCUACUCCUAUGGUAGCUUCCUCAAAGUUGAACAAGGAUGAAGGUGUGAAUAAUGUGGCUCAGUAUAUGUAUGCCCCAAGAGAACAACAUUUGCUUAUUGGUAAACGUAUUCUACAUUAUCUAGCUGGGACGUUGAACUAUGGUCUUGGCUUUAUGCCAGACAAAUUACAUUUAUCAGCCUUCUCGGAUGGUGAUAGGGGUGGUUUUGCUGAUGACAGACGAUUAAUUUAUGGUCACUGUGUGUUUGUUGGAGAAAGUCUGGUUUCAUGGAGUGCAAAAAAAAAGGUGGUGUCACGGUUAACCAUGGAAGCUGAAUAUAGAAGCCUCGUAGAUGCAACAGCAAAGGUGGCAUGGGUUGAUGCCUUGCUCAUUGAUUUGAAGGUGCCAUAG